UUAUCAAACGGAAGUACGCACCCAUACACACACACACGCACAGACGCACACACACACACACACACUCACAACUUCAGCUCCUCAACUUGAUGAAGUUUUCCUCGAAACUUUACAUUCAGCUCGGAUCAGCCCCCCGCUCAGCAGCAUGGCUGUGUGCAACAAGUGGUGGAUUUUGUGCGCCGUCUCGCUCUCCUGCGUCGCCCGCCUCGGCUCAUGUAGAAGACACAGAGAAGCAGACGGAGCACAGCCCGAGCUCUUCAUCUUCAACGAGCUGUGCGCCCUGAAGGACGAGAAAGGGCCUUGCAAAGCCAUUAAGGACCGAUUCUUCUUCAAUGUCGACACAGGCCGCUGCGAGCUGUUUGAAUAUGGAGGCUGCGGUGGAAAUGCCAACAAUUUUGAGACCUUGGAAGCUUGUGAGGAAACGUGUGUCGUCUCAGAUGACAAGAACCCGUGCCAUUUAGCCGAGGCUCCUGGUCCCUGUCGAGGGCUGGUGACGCGCUACUUCUUUGACGGCAAGAGUCAGCAGUGCAAGCAUUUCUUUUACGGCGGCUGCUUCGGCAAUGCCAACAAUUUCAGGAGCAUGGCGGAGUGCCAAGCGAGAUGUCAGAACCCAGCAAAACCCUCAAAGGCACCAGAAGUCCAAACACAGCCGGCUAGAAAGUCCAAUGUGCAGCCCACCGUAGCAACUGGAGAACUGACUGCACCUGAGCCUCAGGUGCAAACGAACAACACCAAUCAAGAGCCAGGAGAGCUGAGGCCUUCGGAGCUGUGCUUCAGUCCUGUGGACCGAGGGACGUGUAACGGUUCAGAGAGGAGGUUUGCGUACAACCCCAGGACCAAGAGAUGCCAGAUGUUUAACUACAGUGGCUGCGGGGGGAACGAGAACAACUUCACAUACCGGAAAGGCUGCAUUAUCAAGUGCAUUAGAAGCAGAAAGGCUCACGGGAUGAAGAUGAUCCGAAUAAGGAAGAAGAACAUCGAGAAUAUCCUUCAUCGCACCGUCUGAAAACUCUGCACUAGAUCUGUGGAGCCCCGUGUAUUUAUGUCCAUAUUUUAUUUUGAGCUUUACUCAUAUCUGUUGUCUGGCAGUGCUGCAGUCUUUGUAGAGAAAUCAUCUUAGCACACCUGAAUUAGCUUUGUGUGUCAAUGCUUUUAUAUGAACAAUGUAUUUUAAAUUUUAACGUUCCUGUUAUGAUCACACUGAUUCUGCUGUAACUUUGAUGGAAAACACCAGAUUUUUGCUCAGUAAGCUCGUGCUUCUGUUGCAUAUUGACCGCGUCUGUGCAGCGAGUGAUGCCUUUCUCUGGUGCAGCUCCUCUGUUGUUAAUCAAUGUGAGCAACAGCAUUAGCAAAUUAAACUGGUGGACGAUCUUUAUUCUCGGAUCAACGACAACAAUAUAUAGAAUCUUCUGGAGGAGACACAUUAAUCAUGAUGACCAUGUCCUCACAGCUUUAAAUCAAUGAGAACAAGGUGAUGACUGCUUUAUUUUUUCACAUUUUUCCCCCUUUUUAAUCAAUGUUAUGCUGUUUGGUAAAUCAUUAUUGCAGUCCCGGCGGAGAACCAGAAGGUGGCAGUGUUGUGUAACGUAAGCCUUCACAGAGGUUGUGGGCACUGGUCCCUCUUGGCUGCACAGUGUUUGUUUCACUGUCAUGUUUUAUAACCAUGGCUGUAAUGUAUUGGACUGUAAGACUUCUUGUAAUAAAGUUCAACAAUCAUC